AUGGUAAAUAAGGCUGCCUUAAAGAACCAGUUCAGUGAGUUGACGUCUACAUCAACGUCAACUGCUGCGAGAUACUUGGAUCAAACUAAUUACAAUAUAGCACAAGCAAUUGAUCUAUACUAUUCAAAACAUUCAAAUUAUAGUAGGCCAGCUAAUGGUAGUACGAAUUCUAACACAGCAACAACAACAACAACAACGAGAGGAGCACCCAAGCCGGCAGAAAACUCUGCAUUGGUUGCCAUAUUUGAUGCAUAUAAAGACCCAAGCAAUGAUCAGAUUAUUGAUAUCGAUGGUACAUUGAAAUACCUUGAGGACCUUGAGAUUGAUCCCGAUGACCCCAAAUCAUUGACUUUAGCGUUUUUGUUUAAAUCACGAAAGGUUGGUGAGUUCCAACGCGAAUCAUUCUUACAAGUGUGGCAGAAUUAUAAAAUUGCUGACAUUGCAGAGAUGUCAAAAUUUAUUACUAAAUUUCACAAUGAUUUAAUAAAGGGUAGGGGUGAGUACCAUGACAUUGUUACAGGACAAGAACUCAAUUUCAAAAAGCUUUACGAAUUUGCAUUUACAUUUCUUCUAGAAACUGAAAACCAGAAAGUUUUAGAUGUUGAUCUUGCAAUUAGUUAUUGGCAAUUGCUAUUACCAUUGGUCAUAAAUCAACAUUUUGAAACAACACAAGAUGAAUCUGAAAAUGGUGCUAACAAGGCAACAGAUGUACUGCGAAGUGAAGUAAAUGACAGAGUUAAUAAUUGGUACGAUUUCUUAACUACAUCUUCAUCGUCUACAACAACUACAACAACAACAACAACAUCGAGAAAAGUCAUAUCUUUUGACACAUGGUCUAUGUUUUUGCCAUUCUUUCAGGAAGUAAUUCUUACAGACCCACACAGUUUAAAAGGUUACGAUGAAAUGGCAGCUUGGCCAAGUAAAGUCGAUGAAUAUGUGGAAUAUUUAUACGACAACAAUCUUUUGAAAGAAUCACAAUGA